AGAGAGACCUCCCACCGAAACCUAAACCUGUGAGUGGCAUUUAAACGCCACCCAUUUUCUGGAACGUCUUUUGCAGCCAAACCCCAGCACCCGUCCCCGCACACUCCUGGCCGGGCCCUCCUCCCGCAAGCGGCUCGCGGGCUCGCGCAGGAAUCUUUGUAUAGUUUACCCUUGUCUACUGAAGACUUUGACCAAAGCUGCUGUGAGUCCAAGGACUGCCUCAGAAACCAGGGAAGCAUUUGGGAGACCCUCAGCCCAGUGGACCCUCUGAAGCGUGGCAGCUGCAGACAGCGGAUCCUGUCUCCUUCUUCUCUGCCUUAGAUAGCAGAGGGAUUGUCCUGAAGCACCACCCAGAAAGAAAUGCUAAGAGGACCUUUGAUUUAAAGAAUUAAAAGGAAGGACAACUUCUUCAGAUAAGAAGACCUUCAAAGUUCCUUGCAUGGAAAAUUAUUUAAACGUUGCACACAAAUCUUUGUGAAAGAAGAAAAGAAAAUUCAGCUUGUGGGUCUCAGCAGGAGUGAAGCUAAUGCAGCUUAAAAUAAUGCUGAAAAAGAAGCGCUUAUCUGCAGGCAGAGUGCCCCUGAUUCUCUUCCUGUGCCAGAUGAUUAGUGCACUGGAAGUACCUCUUGAUCCAAAACUUCUUGAAGACUUGGUACAACCUCCAACCAUCACUCAACAGUCUCCAAAAGAUUACAUCAUUGACCCUCGGGAGAACAUUGUAAUCCAGUGUGAGGCCAAAGGGAAACCUCCUCCCAGCUUCUCCUGGACACGCAAUGGGACUCAUUUUGACAUAGAUAAAGACCCUUUGGUCACCAUGAAGCCAGGCUCAGGAACACUCAUAGUCAACAUUAUGAGUGAAGGGAAAGCAGAGACCUAUGAAGGGAUCUAUCAGUGUACAGCAAGGAACGAACGUGGAGCUGCAAUUUCUAAUAACAUUGUCAUCCGCCCAUCCAGGUCACCACUGUGGACCAAAGAAAAACUUGAACCAAUAACACUUCAAAAUGGUCAGCCAUUAGUACUUCCCUGUAGACCUCCAAUUGGAUUACCACCAGCUAUAAUAUUUUGGAUGGAUAAUUCCUUUCAAAGACUUCCACAAAGUGAGAGGGUUUCCCAAGGUCUGAAUGGAGACCUUUAUUUUUCCAAUGUCCUCCCAGAAGAUACCCGUGAAGACUAUAUCUGUUAUGCCAGAUUUAAUCACACUCAAACCAUACAGCAGAAGCAACCUAUUUCUCUGAAGGUGAUUUCAGUGGAUGAAUUGAAUGACACUAUAGCUGCUAAUUUGAGUGACACUGAGUUUUAUGGUGCUAAAUCAAGUAGAGAGAGGCCACCAACAUUUUUAACUCCAGAAGGCAAUGCAAGUCACAAAGAGGAAUUAAGAGGAAAUGUGCUUUCAUUAGAGUGCAUUGCAGAAGGCCUGCCUACCCCAAUUAUUUACUGGAUAAAAGAAGAUGGAACACUACCUACCAACCGGACAUUUUAUCGGAACUUCAAGAAAACCUUGCAGAUCAUUCAAGUUUCAGAAGCAGACUCUGGAAAUUAUCAGUGUAUAGCCAAAAAUGCAUUAGGAGCCAUUCAUCAUACCAUUUCUGUUACAGUUAAAGCGGCUCCAUAUUGGAUCAUGGCACCCCAAAAUCUUGUGCUGUCCCCGGGAGAAGAUGGAACCCUGAUCUGCAGAGCUAAUGGCAACCCCAAACCCAGAAUUAGCUGGUUAACAAAUGGAGUUCCAAUAGAAAUUGCUCCUGAUGACCCCAGCAGAAGAAUAGAUGGUGAUACCAUAAUUUUUUCAAAUGUUCAAGAAAGAUCCAGUGCGGUUUAUCAAUGCAAUGCCUCUAAUGAGUAUGGAUAUUUACUGGCAAAUGCAUUUGUCAAUGUGCUUGCUGAGCCCCCACGAAUCCUCACAUCUGAAAACACACUCUACCAGGUCAUUGCAAACAGGCCUGCUUUCCUAGAUUGUGCUUUCUUUGGGUCUCCUCUGCCUACCAUUGAGUGGUUUAAAGGAGCUAAAGGAAGUGCUCUUCAUGAAGACAUUUAUGUUUUACACGAAAAUGGAACUUUAGAAAUCCCUGUGGCCCCAAAGAACAGUACAGGAACCUACACAUGUGUUGCCAGGAAUAAAUUAGGGAUAGCAAAGAAUGAAGUUCACUUAGAAAUCAAAGAUCCAACAAGGAUCCUUAAACAGCCGGAGUACGCAGUUGUGCAGAGAGGGAGCACAGUGACCUUUGAAUGCAAAGUGAAACACGAUCACACCCUAAUCGCCACCGUCACGUGGCUGAAGGACAAUGGUGAGCUGCCCAGUGAUGAAAGGUUCACGGUGGACAAGGACCACUUGGUGGUAACUGACGUAAGAGACAAUGAUGGGGGGACCUAUACGUGUGUGGCCAACACCACUCUGGAUGAUGUUUCUGCCAGUGCCGAGCUCAGUGUUGUUGCUCCUACUCCAACUCCAGCUCCCAUUUACGAUGUUCCCAAUCCUCCCUUUGAUUUAGAAUUGACUAAUCAACUGGAUAAGAGUGUUCAGCUCUCAUGGACCCCAGGUGAUGACAACAACAGCCCUAUUACAAAAUUCAUCAUUGAGUAUGAAGAUGCCAUGCAUGAGUCAGGGCUGUGGCGCCACCAGGCUGAAGUUUCUGGAACGCAGACCACAGCCCAGCUGAAGCUGUCUCCACACGUGAACUACUCCUUCCGGGUGAUGGCGGAGAACAGCAUUGGGAGGAGCCUGCCCAGCGAGGGGUCCGAACAGUACCUGACCAAGGCUGCAGAACCAGAUAAAAAUCCUACAGCUGUGGAAGGAUUGGGAUCCGAGCCUGAUAAUUUGGUGAUUACUUGGAAGCCCUUGAAUGGUUUCGAAUCAAAUGGGCCAGGCCUCCAGUACAAAGUGAGCUGGCGCCAGAAAGAUGGUGAUGAUGAAUGGACAUCUGUGGUUGUGGCAAAUGUAUCCAAAUAUAUUGUCUCUGGCACACCAACCUUUGUCCCAUACCUGAUAAAAGUUCAGGCCCUGAACGACGUGGGGUUUGCUCCAGAGCCAGCGGUAGUCAUGGGACAUUCUGGAGAAGACCUCCCAAUGGUGGCUCCUGGGAACGUGAAUGUGAAUGUGGUGAACAGUACCUUGGCUGAGGUGCAAUGGGACCCAGUGCCCCUGAAAAGUAUCCGAGGGCACCUGCAAGGCUACCGGAUUUACUACUGGAAGGCACAGGGUCCAUCCCAAAGAAACAGACGGCACCUUGAGAAGAAGAUCCUCACCUUCCAGGGCAGCAAGACCCACGGCAUGCUGCCCGGGCUGGAGCCCUUCAGCCACUACUCCCUGAAUGUGCGUGUGGUCAGUGGGAAAGGGGAGGGCCCGGCCAGCCCAGACAGAGCCUUCAGCACUCCCGAAGGAGUCCCUAGUGCUCCCUCAUCUUUGAAAAUUGUGAAUCCCACACUGGACUCUCUUACUUUGGAAUGGGAUCCACCCAGUCACCCAAAUGGCAUUUUGACUGAGUACACCCUAAAAUACCAGCCAAUUAACAGCACACAUGAAUUAGGCCCUCUGAUAGAUUUAAAAAUUCCUGCCAACAAGACACGCUGGACUUUAAAAAAUUUAAAUUUCAGCACUCGGUAUAAAUUUUAUUUCUAUGCCCAAACAUCUGCAGGAUCUGGAAGUCAGAUUACAGAGGAAGCAAUAACAACUGUGGAUGAAGGUAAGAUGGCUGGUAUUCUUCCACCUGAUGUAGGUGCAGGCAAAGCAAUGGCAAGUCGGCAGGUGGACAUUGCAACUCAGGGCUGGUUCAUAGGUCUCAUGUGUGCUGUCGCUCUCCUUAUCUUAAUCUUGCUGAUCGUUUGCUUCAUUAGAAGGAACAAGGGUGGCAAAUAUCCAGUUAAAGAAAAGGAAGAUGCCCAUGCAGAUCCUGAAAUCCAGCCCAUGAAGGAGGACGAUGGAACUUUUGGAGAGUACAGGUCUCUUGAAAGUGAUGCAGAAGAUCACAAGCCUUUGAAAAAAGGAAGUCGAACACCUUCAGACAGGACUGUGAGAAAAGAAGAUAGUGAUGAUAGCCUGGUUGACUAUGGUGAGGGGGUGAAUGGCCAGUUCAAUGAGGAUGGCUCUUUCAUUGGACAAUACAGCGGUAAGAAAGAGAAAGAACCAGCUGAGGGAAAUGAAAGUUCAGAGGCACCAUCUCCUGUCAACGCCAUGAAUUCCUUUGUUUAACCUUUAAGCUCUUUGCCAGUGUCGCAUUUCUCUAGAAUAUUUAUCUUAAGCACUUGUUUGUCAGCCCUCUCAUACUAUGAACAUAUGGGUUGAAAGUAUACUUUCUGCUGUAUGUUAAUAUUAUGAGCACAGUUCAAUCAAGAACACAACUCAGUCGAAUGGUAUGUUGAUGUGAACUCAAGUGCAAAGUGCAUAUACUUUUUCAUUUAAUGUGUAUUUCUUCCAUUUCUUCGUAACUUGUUCAAAACAAUGCAACAUCAUCAACAUUAUACAAUAGGAUGCAUGGAAAAUGCUAGGCAUUUAAAGUACAUACCUGUUUAUGUUACCAAAACAUGAUUUGACACUUCGUUUAUACUAUCCUCAGCUGAACCCCUAAAUAUGAAUUCCAUUUUCAUUGUCAAGAGUGUUACUGUAGUAUUUUCUAGAACUUCAAUGUCUUUGUGGACAUUGUUGUGAAAUUGGUGACUCUAUGUCUAGCUGUUGUUAGUCUUUUUGGGAGACUGUUAGGAACAGUAUGUACAGUAUAUUCUUGCUAAAUGAGUUAACUAUGACACUUGCAUUUGCUGAUGCUUACUGAGACCCUGUUGCCUGCUUUUUGCUCCUGUUAUUUCAUAGGCUUCUUAAUCUUCCAGGAAUUACACCAACACAGUGUUCUACUUUUACAUUAUCUCUAUAUUCAGUCCUUGUUAGGCAAAAACAAUGUGUAUUGCAAUGCAUUUUGGCAUUUGUGCCAUACUGAAAGAAUUGAAAGCAAAUCACCCAAAUUAAAUUUCAAAAAGUAUUCCACAAAACACAGGGCAAUACACAUGCAGUGCCUUCAGACAAUAAGCAUUCCAUAACAUAACACAUUCUCUAGCAGCUGGUAUGGUCAAUUCCAUCCUAGAUUCCUGUCAUUGUCGAAGAGUAACUUUUAGAAAGCAGAGAUAAUGAAAACUGCAAGACUGAAAAAAAAAAAAAAAAGAAAUAUGAAAAUAAAAAUGGUAAGACAUCAUUUUAAGGAGCAUUUCCCCAUAAAUAUAAAAAGAGCUUUAUCAUCAACUGGGGCACAUGAUGAUUUUUGUGAUCUUUUAUGGUUUCUAUUCAAGCAAGUCAUAUUCAGUAAGAAGAAUGGCAACAUGAUAGAAUUAAUAGAAAAACAAACAAGUUAUUUUAAAAUUAAAAGCAUACUAGAGCAUGCCAACCGUAAUACUUUAUUCUCUAAGGCUUGACCUAUAUGAGCUUUUGCAAUUCUUUGCAGCAUUAAGCAACGUGUAUGAAAAUUGCAAUGGACACAUUACAGAAUCUGACAAGUGCUUAAAAGACCAACAGUCAAAAGGGAUUAUAUCUGCAGUUUAAAUAUAUAGAUCCUAUCAUAUUCAUAAACAAUAUCUACCAAAUGGUUAAGCUCCAAAUAUGAAGAUCUAUAACAGCCUAUGGUUGAAAGAAUGCUCAGUUUCAUUUGCCAAUAAAUUGGUUUCUCAUAACUUGCAUCAAGUUUAAUUUUAAGUAAAGCUUUUAUAUGUAGAUAUUUUGUUGAAUUUGUAAAUAUACUCAAAGUGUAGAUGAUGCUAUAUGCUUAUAGGUAUUACCUACAAAUAAAUAGCAAACGAUGUUUAUGUUGUACUGUAUAAGAAGUAAGCUAAUUAAUACAGUAUGUGGGAUUGGAAAGCAUUUAUUUUUCUGUGGUUUUUUCCCUUUUUUUGCUGUGAAACUGAAAUAGUGAACUUUUCUCCAUACUGACAGCAGGUUUCUAGCUGAAAUCCUCAGAGCUUUGCCUAUGGAGCACAGUAGGCUUAGGGACAGGGCGUCUUUGACAUAUGCAGGUAAAGGAUAGUUUGAACUAAUCCCAGGUCAGGAUGGCCCUAAGUACUUCAAAGUCUCCGUAUUCACAUUUUGUGGAUCUACCUAUCUAUUGGAAAUACAGAAAAUAAAAUGGGUUUGUUUUGGCAUCAGAGAGCACAAAGAUAAAAAUGACUUUAAAUUUGUCAGUGUUUUGAGAGAACAAUAAAAGUAUAGAUUUACUUUUCCAUGAUGGUAGAUGGUAAAUUUAUCUGUGCAUGAAAGAGUCACUUCUAAAAUAAUGCAACAGAUUUUGUAUUAAAAAUUAAAUGUGGUUUUAAAAGUCCCUCUCUCUUUUGUAAUUUAUCAUGUUCCUAGUGGAGUGUGAAUGUCCAAAUAAUGGUAUGUGUAACAGUGCAGGUAAAUGUGACUGAACUUCCUUCAAAAAUGUAACUAUUAAACAGUCUUGAUCUCUGUGA